UUAUUUUGCAUACAUCUGUUCAUAAGUUUAUACUGGCUUUCUUUGUUUAUCUUCUCUUCCUGGUGUGAUUUUAAUUUACAUUUUUGUCUAGUUUUGUUUAGUUUUUCAUUUCCUUACCGCUGAAAAGCACUGUUAAGCCGGAUGGGCGUGUGUAACGGACUCGUGACUAAUAUUUCACGUCUGGAAAAGCUCUGAAACCUUGGACGGGAAAAGGCCAGUAAUCUUCCUGUUGUGCGUUUUUUCACCCACCCGCAUUCAUAAGAACCCGCCUCUUACGCGAGGAUUGGUCGGUAGUCCCUUCCCACGGCACUCCGCAGCCAAUCCAAGAGCAGGAGUACUUAUGGCUUCACCGGGGUGGGAGCGUUUCAUGCCGCUGGUGGAAAAUCACACCAUGCGCUCGGACAACAGCUGCUUCAGUGCCACCCAGAACACGGUGCUGAUGGGCGUGAGCUUUGGCGGAGUGCCUAUUGUUUUGCUGCUGGACUUCCUCGUCUUCCUCGUGCUGCUGCUGGUCUUCUCUUGUAUCAGGAAGAAACUCUGGGACUAUGGGAGAAUUGCACUAGUAGCGGAGGCUGAAGGGUUUAAUGAGAUUUCUAAACGUCGUUAUGGAAGGAUGACAUCAUUCAUGUCCAAUGAGGAGAGUGACCAUGAGAGGGGAUUAUGCUCUUGGAUGACCUUCAUCAUCACAAUGGAUGAAACAGUGGUGAAAGAGAGGUGCGGGGUGGAUGCUGUGCACUAUCUGUCAUUUCAGCGUCAUCUUAUUUUUCUCCUGCUCAUCGUCUGUGUGCUGUCUGUUUCUGUCAUCCUCCCAGUCAAUCUGUCUGGAAACCUGCUAGGGCAAGAUCCGUAUAAUUUUGGCAGAACAACCAUUGUAAAUCUUGAGAAUGGGGAUAAACUGCUAUGGUUGCACACAGUGUUUGCAGUUCUAUACCUCAUCCUCACGGUGGUACUGCUGAGACAUCACACCUCCCUGAUGAAAGGCACCAGAAGAGAGACAGCUAGAACAACGCUGUUUGUAUGCUCCAUCCCUCCCACCACCACUGAAGACAGUUUAAGGGUUCAUUUUACAGAGGCAUACCCAACCUGCGAGGUGAAGGAUGUUCGUUUAUGCUACGAUGUGGCUAAGCUGAUACACCUCACAACUGAAAAGAAGAGAGCGGAGAAAAACUUGCUGUAUUACCGCAAGGUCCUUGACUCCCAAGGGCAGCAGGAACUCAUCAACCCCCGGCCUUGUGGGCAUCUCUGCAGCUGCUGCACAUGCCUAGGGUGUAAUGGGAUUGAUGCUAUAGAAUACUACAGUUCUCAGUUGGCUCAAAUUGAAGAAGAACUGAGAAGGCAAAAAGACAGUAACAUGCAGCGUCCACUGGGAAUGGCUUUUGUCACGCUCCAGACUGAAUCCAUGGCAGCUUACAUUCUAAAAGAUUUCAAUGCUCUUGAAUGUGGAACUGGGUCUCAGGAAAUGGCAAGAGUGAGAAAAAUAACAUGUGGCUGUCAUAGGGAGCCUCAGCCUUCAUCCACUAGUGAACAGCUGAAAGUAAAAAAGUGGAGAGUGAGCUAUGCAACCCAUCCAAAUAACAUCUAUUGGGAGAACCUGUCGAUGCAGAGCUGGUAUUGGUGGUCUCGAUAUCUAAUGCUGAACAUCUUACUCUUCAUUCUGCUCUUCUUCCUCACCACUCCAUCGAUUAUCAUCUCUACUAUUGACAAGUUCAAUGUCACAAAACCCAUCCACUACCUAAAUAGUGCUAUCAUCAGUCAGUUCUUCCCAACUCUGCUCCUGUGGUCCUUCUCUGCACUAUUGCCCACUAUAGUCUACUAUUCUACACUGCUGGAGGCCCACUGGACAAGGUCGAGUGAGAAUAUGAGUAUGAUGUACAAGCUUUACAUCUUCCUGCUCUUUAUGGUACUCAUCCUGCCAUCGAUGGGCCUCACCAGUUUAGAUGUGUUUUUCCGAUGGCUCUUUGAUUCUCAGUCAGAGCGGAAGCUGAGAUUUGAGUGUGUGUUUUUGCCAGAUCAGGGCGCGUUCUUUGUGAAUUACGUGAUCACUGCUGCGUUGGUAGGUUCCGGGAUGGAGCUGCUCAGACUGCCGAGUUUACUGCUCUACACUGUGCGCAUGGCUCUUGCACGUUCUGCUGCAGAGAGGAAAUAUGUUAAACAGAAUCAGGCAUACCAGUUUGAAUAUGGGGCAAUGUAUGGAUGGACUCUGUGUGUCUUCACAGUCAUCAUGGCCUACAGCAUCACCUGUCCCGUUAUAGCACCAUUCGGUUUUCUGUAUAUAACCUUGAAGUACCUGGUGGACAAACACAAUCUGUACUUUGCGUACCUGCCUGCUCGCCUCGACCGACAGGUACACCUGGGAGCUGUCAAUCAAGCCCUUGCCGCUCCAAUCAUCUGUCUGUUCUGGCUCUUCUUCUUCUCUGUGUUGAGGACAGGAUUCAUGGCUGCCACUUCUCUCUUCACGUUGGUGGUUCUGUGUGUGACCAUUUUCAUUGGCAUUAGUCACACAUGCUUUGGCCACUUCAAGUACCUCAGUCCUCAUAACUAUGUUGUUAAGGACAAAGAUGAAGACUCUGAUGCAACUUCAGAAAGUUCCACUGGCUCUGUGUACCUUCCCAAGGUUAUGUACCCUGAAGAUGCCUCCGAAUCUCCUGCGGUGGUCAGCCAGCCCCAUUCAUACGGAACUACGGACACAAGCCCAGCUGUUCUCAGCACGCAAGAACUGCAGUGAGAUUAGGACACUUGACAUGGCCGUCAAGCAACUAAAAAGCAGUCUAACGUUCACGCCUUCAUGCACUUAAUCUACAAUGCAAGCCGGACGGUGUAAGAAGCUGAGAUGACGGGGGUGUGACGCUUGACAGAGUAUACAAAGCGGACCUGAAAUCUGAAAUUAGUCAUGGUGUUAAUAUUUUAAUGAUGUCACAAAAAUGUUGUUUCCAGAUGUGGGGUGUCAUAUUUAUGAGUUUUAAAACAAGGAACAUGAGUCAAUUUUUGAUACAUUACUGAAGGAUGAGAGCAGACCUGUCAACAAAUAGUUUGUACUGCCAGUCCAGAGUUGUGUCAUAACGAUUUACUAUCACAGCGUGUGACACAAUUAUUUAAUGCCAUCCGCUCCUAUAAAGUUGUAAGUAAAUAUUAUGAUGUCUUGAAAGCCAUGACAUCAGUUUGUUUGGUUUUCAUACCGUUACACCCCAGACUGUGACCACAUAACAACAAAAUGGACACUUUGUAGGGCUAGAAUAAAUUCAGGGAUGGUGGGAUGGGAUUGUUUGAUUAUAACUAUAUACUCUGGGGUUUUCUUCUUCAUCAAGAAUGGUUUACUCAGUGCUCCAAUGAAGGGCGUAAUCCAAAUGUUGCUCAAGCCUUUUGGAGCUUUUACCAAGGAGAAGAAGCCAAAUAAAUCAUGUCUGUUUGUCUUUGGGUUAAAAGUUACUUUGACCAAAUGAGUUCAUAGGCUGAACAGCUGUGUUAGAAACGACUGAUUACAUUUUCUAUCAGUGUAAUGAAUGACGAUUGAAUUUUUUUGUGUUAUGUUCAUAAAUAAAUGAAAAUCAAAGGUAUUAUUAGAAAAUGUAAAAUUAUAGUCGGACAUGUUCUGAUUUGAUAUCCUGCUUUUGAAACGGUUUGAUAUUCUACGUUGAUGCUUCUAAUAUAUAUAU